AUGUCUGCCAGUGUUAUCGAGGGGGCGCCGAGGGCGGCCAUAAUAGCUGCUCUGGAACAGCAGAGAAAUCAUGGUACCAUGAUACCCGACCGGACCGGUUUCACGGCUGCCUACGAUACAAUUAUGAAUGCAGUUCCAGAGGCCCAAAAGCAGGAAGCUGCUAGAGCGAUACUGCAAACUAUAUGGACGCACAAAAACAACAAUAACCAAGGCCUUGCCACAUUCAAGGCCUGGCUCGAGCACAACGGUCUCUUAAUGUUGUUUUUCUACAACGAGCUGAGCCAGGAGGAUCGCUAUGGACCAAUCGUUCGAGACCUCCAGGCCAAACAGGCCGAGAGGCACGAUGCAUUGCUGGAGUUCGAGGAGUACACCGACCGCGAGCUACAGAUUUAUGGUCAAACGACACCCGACGCUGAAACAUUCUCCGAAAAUCACUCUAAGAGCGUGGACCGUAUCAUGGAAGCCUGUCUCAGCGCCCGAUUGAACUUAGAUGCGGCUCGGCAAUUUAAUGAAAGACGCGAGUACCUGAGCCUUGGUGGAGAUAUAGGUACUGACGAACCGUGGUUUCUUGUCGACAUCCCUCACACGACGCCCUUGAGGCCUUCAAUGCAGGUCCAGGUCCAGAAUAAACUUCGAGGCAGGUCCUACUAUUGCGGUCGCCACGCCGGUACAUACAUCUUUCGCUUGAAUCAAUCCAACACUGUGGGUGAUGGUAAGCAGGGCGACUUUGAAUUUUGCGGCGUUGUUCCACGCAAUCGAGCGCAUCAUAUUGCGCGACUCAAAGAACUCCGCGGCCGUGUGCUUCAAAUGCUCGUUGCCACAUGUUCAUAUAUCGCUGGUUAUGCCGCGGUCAGCUGUGAGAAGGAGAUGAAGGCGCGCAUGGACCAAGUGACUGAUCAAGAUCUCGAGUCCAUAUUUCGGUACGCGAGAAUCUACCUUGAACAAGGAUGGAUGUUCUUCAAAGAAAUUCAGGAGGCAUUCCGCGAGAGUCCAGUCCUCUGGGAAUUUGUCAAUUUGAUGGUCAUGCACCGUGUGAAGGCAGAGGAGAUCAAAGAAGGGCAGCGGCUGGUGGAUUUAAUCUGCCUGGUCGCAAAAUGUACCGAGGGUGCGAUGAUAAAGCGGGAAAAACGACAUUUGUCGGAAACUGCCUGGCAUUAUCUGCAAUUCAGUGUCGAAUUGAGCAAUUGCCUUGUGUUCCACGACAAUGAAGUCGAGCUCUUGACGGGUUCCCCGGUGGACAUCCACGACUAUUUUGCUGGCGAGGAAUUCGCCACUGACCCGAAUCAUCCUAAGGCGCAGUAUCGGAUAACGGAUGAGGAUUGGGAGAAGCUCCGUGGCGACUAUCUACUUACGCGAUCGGUCAAACGUCGUUGGACACGGGAUCAUCUCAACGCAUCUAUCUUGGCCGACCUACGCAUGCCCAAAGCAGACACCUCCUUAUUAGAGCGCCUCUUCCUGAACACAGACGGAUCCCAGCCUUUGUCGUCACCAUCAAGCACUGAGCCGGCCGAGGAGCAGCCAUCGCCCGUCAAGCGCGGACGCGGAAGACCUAAGGGUUCUAAGAAUAAGCCAAAGCCUCCUGGUCGCCCUCGACAGCUCGCCAUGAAUCCGCCAUGGUCCAUCACGCGGCUCUUCAGCCGUCUCUCGAUGCUGCCGGCCAUAACCUCCACCAUCAAACCGACCCCUCUGCCGUCGACAACGCUCCUCCUCCGCCCAUUCAGCACGACACCGAUCUCGCUCGCACGGAAAUCGGUGCCGCCUGCUGGUGGCAAAUCUAAAACGUCUUCCUCGACGCCGAAGCGCAAGGCCAAGGGAAAGCAGACCGGCCUGACGGAGAGCGGGCGCAAGGUGCGCACGCUCAAGCAAAACAUGUUUUCGCCGGCACCGCCGCCGCUGCGCAUGGGUCGCCAGCGGCACCUCCGCCACUGGACGAUUCACCGCGCGUGGCAGCUUUUUCGCCGGCAGCAGCACGAGGCGCAGCACAAGGAGCGCAGCCGCAUGCAGGCGGGCAUGUGGAACGCUUGCGAGGCGCUGCGGACGGUGCAUGGGCCGGGCGAUCGUGGUGAGGGAUAUUUGUAUCGUGUGGCAAUGGACAAGGAGGGUCUCUGGGAUGGGCAUGCGAUUCCAAUCGAGUAUGCGCGUAUGCAGACGGAGACGCCGGCGGUGGAGGCGUGGAAUCAUGAGUGGAAGCGAUGA